GGAUCAGACUUUGCACCUUUUGAUCCAUAAAGAAGCAGCAAAGGACUGACUUUCUGAUGAAAUCAACUAUGUGGCUGAGAGUCGUCUUCACCUUCGCAUUCAAUGUCUACAGCUGCCAGCUGGCCUCAGUUUUUCUGGAUCCAGAUCAAGCCAACGGUGUCCUGGUCCGGAUUCGCAGGCAUAACUCGGGCUGGCUCGAGGAGCUGCAGAAGGGCGAUCUGAAAAGGGAGUGUCUGGAGGAGAGAUGUUCUUACGAAGAGGCCCGGGAGGUGUUCGAACACACCAAGGCUACGGAUGACUUUUGGCGGACAUAUGACGUCCCAGAGAGCUGUAAGUCCAGCCCCUGCCUGAACGGCGGCAGCUGCUCCGCCCACGGUUCGUCCUACACCUGCUUCUGCCUGCCAAAGUUCAGCGGACUCCAGUGUGAGCUUGAGUUCCUGGCUACUCCCAGCACCUGCCUGCUGGAGAAUGGAGGCUGUGAACAUUACUGCAACGAAGGUGAGGGAGGACAAAAACUAAAUUGCUCAUGUGCAGAAGGUUACUUCCUGGACGCAGAUGGACAGAGCUGCAAAGCAAAAGAGUCAAUAGCAUGCGGCAUGGUCCCUAUCCUGCAAGAUGAAAACAAAGCCCAGCAGCUCGACUCUCGGGCACGAAUUGUCGGAGGAACAGAGUGUCCCAAAGGUGAAUGCCCCUGGCAGGUCUUGCUACAGUAUAAAGGCAAAGGUUUCUGUGGAGGAGUGAUUUAUAAACCUACAUGGAUCCUCACAGCAUCUCACUGCUUGGAAAACACAGAGGCUCAGUUCCUGAAGGUUGUUGCAGGUGAACACAACACAGAGGUGAACGAGGGCACGGAGCAGCUCAUCCAGGUUGCCGAGAUCAUCAUGCAUGAGAAGUAUGCAUCACACACUGCUGAUAACGACAUUGCUCUCCUUCGCCUGGCAACGCCCAUUAUUUACACACCAUAUGCCAUCCCAGCCUGCCUGCCGACACGCUUACUGGCUGACCUCAACCUCUGGGCCAUCAGCUUGCAUACGGUGAGCGGAUGGGGGAGGAGGGGUGAGAAUGGACCCACCUCACACAUCCUGCAACGCCUGAAGGUGCCGCGAAUCCGGACACAACAGUGUGUGCAGGAGAGCAUGGUGGUGCUCACCGAGAACAUGUUCUGCGCUGGAUACAUCGAGGGCCGGCAGGACUCAUGUAAAGGUGACAGUGGCGGGCCUCUGGUGACACAGUACAAGAAUACAACGUUCCUGCUGGGCAUCGUCAGCUGGGGGAAGGGCUGUGCCAGACCAGGCAACUACGGCAUCUACACCCGGGUGUCCAACUACCUGGAGUGGAUCCACAACCGAACAGCAACACCAGACCAGCCAAAAAACCACACUGAGGCUUUAGUACACAACCUGACAACCUGAGGGUCUAGAGGGGGCAGUAAACUGAGAAAAACUAGUAAACUCAGACAUGACAAAAUGUACUGCAUUUUGUGAGAGAAGAAAUGAUCAGUCAAUGUAAAGAUAAACUGCAUCUGUUUUGAUAACUUCAUAAUUGUUUCAAUCAAUUGCAGAUAAAAAAUGCCAAAUAUUCUCUA